GAGACAUCUGUGCCUCCUUUAUCUUAUCCAUUAUUUCUUCCAUUUUUACUUCAUCGUAUUCAAAGUCCACAGCGCAGAGCCAGAAAUGGCUCUCCUCCAGCUUCACUUCAAGAUUACCACCACUUCCUCCGCCAUCCCCGCCACCGGGCUCCUGUCCUCUAUUUCACCCGCGAUUCCCCUGAAUUCUUUCUCCAGGUUGUGCCGAAACCAUCCUUUUGCUGUGCUUCCAAAAUCAACUGGUGGAUGCAAGGUUGACUACAAACCAUGUUCUCUGAUGAAAGCGAGAAGGGACACACUAAUCGCAAAGGCUGCUGAUGUUGCAGAUGCUGGUUCAUCUGAACCUUCUUCUGAGAGCGAGGAUGAAGAAAACAUUCCAAUUCAGAACCUUCCUCUGGAAUCCAAGCUCCAGCUAAAGCUCGAGCAGAAGUUGAAGAUGAAAUUGGCGAAGAAGAUCCGGUUACGGAGGAAGAGGCUGGUCAGGAAACGUCGGUUGAGGAAGAAAGGCCGAUGGCCGCCAUCAAAGUUGAAGAAAAACAAGAAUGUCUAACGUACAUUUGGAGAGCCAUCUUGCAGGUUUAUUGUUUUUGAUUCCUGCCAACUGUAAUUCAGCUUUUUGAAACUUCCAGUUAACCAGUUCUGAUAUGUACUAUUUCGACUGUGAUAUUCAACAACUAUCUCAUCACUUGGGUGAAAUUAAAUCUUGUUUAAAAUGGCUUCUGAGAAUCAUCUAUUUACUAAACUGAAUCAAAUUUCCUUGUAUGCUCGAUUGUGUUGUAAACUCCAGUGUUCAAACUGUUGAUAGUAUCAUUGUACAUCAUGUGCUUUUGAGUGAUCGGCUAGAAAUUCAUUUAUCUCUUAUCAUUUUGAAGCUGUAUGAUCU